AUGACCCGAAUUAGCCAAUCUCGCGAGGGUCAACCCCCCCUCCCCAUUCACGAAUGGAGGGCAGUCCAGGCACUAGGUGGCGGUUUGCAAAGACUCUACUUAGUUGUCAAGAAGGAGCGCAGCUCGAAUGCAACGACACGUGCCUGGAUCAGUAUCUCUACAGACGAGCAGCUAAAAGAGCAAUGGGACCGCUUACAUGCCUCACACAACGAGCCGACUUCCCUCCCCUUAUACGGCGUCCCCUUUGCCGCAAAGGACAACAUAGAUGCGGCGGGUUUCGCAACCACAGCAGCUUGCCCGGCAUUUGCGACGAUUCCUGCCACUGACGACGCUGCUGUUGUUGCCAGACUAAAGGCAGCUGGUGCCAUCCUCAUUGGCAAGACCAACCUCGAUCAGUUCGCUACAGGGCUCGUCGGAACUCGGUCACCGUUCGGAGCGGUUCCCAACAGUUUCGACCCUACCAGAGUAAGCGGUGGAUCCAGUUCGGGCAGUGCCGUCGUAGUCGCCUGGGGAGUUGUCCCAUUUUCUCUUGGAACCGACACGGCGGGAUCUGGUCGUGUUCCCGCCGGCUUGAAUAACAUCGUCGGCCUAAAACCCACGCGCGGUGCUCUGAGCGCAAGAGGCGUGGUACCGGCUUGUCGGACACUAGACUGCGUGUCUAUUUUCGCUCUCACUACAGAUGACGCUGAGACUGUCUUGUCUGUCGCAGAGGGUUACGACGCGCAAGACUCUUACUCGAGGAUCCGGCCGUUGAGCACCAGACACACUCCAGAUUCUGAAUUCGGAUCCAGGGCGAAUAAAAGGUUACAGUCCGUGCUGGCUAUCUGUGCCAAUCCACCUUGGUUCGACCGCGAUGACCAUUCUCCUUCUUAUGAAGCCGCCCUCGACAGGGCCAAAUCACUCGGAUGGGUACUACAGCCUGUCGACUUCACAUUGCUUUUCGAGCUUGCAUCAUUGCUUUACUUCGGUCCGUGGGUUGCGGAGCGUUAUCAAGCCAUUCAAGCUUUUAUCCAGAACAUUGAACCAGAUCAAAUGGAUCCCGUGGUGCACAAGAUCAUCAAACAGGCAGAGGAAUUUUCUGCCACAGACGCGUUUGACGGCGAAUACAAGAGGCAAGACUUGACCCGCCAGAUUGAGCUAGCAUUUGCCGCAUAUGACGGCCUCCUUGAGAACUCGCGAUUGGGCACCUAUACCAACUUUGUCAACUUUUUAGAUUGGUCCGCCUUGUCGAUACCUGCAGGAUUUCGACAUGAUGGGCUGCCGUUUGGGUUCACAUUAAUCGCAAAUAAUUGGCAGGAGCCACAGCUGUUGAGAUGGGCCCGGACAUGGUUAGCUGGCCAGACAAGAACACUUGGAGCUGUAUCUGCACGCUGUCUCGAGCCGGCACUGUCGAAACCCCAAGAAGCACACGCUUCGGAGAAGAUAUUCGAGAAGAGGAUUAGCGUUGCCGUAGUCGGCGCUCAUCUCUCGGGCAUGCCUCUAAACAAAGAUCUUGUCUCGCGUGGUGCUGUUCUCAGUCGUAAGACGAGGACUUCGAAUCGUUAUCGUUUAUUCGCGCUUCAGAACGAAAGCGGCCCGGCUCGGCCAGGUCUGCAGCGCCUACAGGGUGCACAAGCGGGGACAGAGAUCGUUGUCGAGGUAUGGGAAAUACCCGAGACAGCUUACGCUGGCUUUUCCGACACCAGUCCUUCACCACUUUCAAUAGGGAAAAUAAAGCUUAGAGAUGAGUCUUGGGUCUCUGGCUUUGUUUGCGAGCCGUACGGCCUUGAAGGAGCGGUCGACAUCACACAUUUUGCGAGUUGGCGGUCUUACAUCAACCGCCUGGAUCAGCCAGAGCCAGCCUCACUUGGCUCAGUGUCUACAGUCUUGAUAGCCAAUCGCGGAGAGAUUGCCGUACGGAUCAUACAGACGCUGCAUAAGUUGGGCCUCAAGGCAGUGGCCGUGUACUCGAGCGUCGACGCCGAUUCCUCUCACGUUGGCUUUGCGGAUCUGUCCUACGAGCUCAAGGGCCAAUCCGUGGCCGAGACGUACCUCUCAAUCAGCCAGAUUCUUACCAUCGCAAAGUCUGCAGGAGUAAACGCAAUCAUCCCAGGCUAUGGAUUUCUGGCUGAAAAUGCUGAUUUCGCCAUCGCCGUUGAAGAAGCCGGCGUGACCUGGGUUGGUCCUACCCCAGCACAGAUGGUCGAACUUGGCCUAAAGCAUCGCUCACGCGCAGUAGCAAUUGAGUCUGGUAUUCCCGUGGUUCCUGGUUCCAAGGGCACAUUAACGUCACUGGACGAUGCACUUAUCGAGGCCGAGAACGUGGGCUACCCAUUGAUGCUCAAGAGCACGGCCGGUGGCGGUGGUAUUGGUUUGAGGCGCUGCGCAAACGAGGCCGAAUUAAGGGAUGCCUUUGAAGGUGUCCAGCGUCAAGCAGUAGCCAAUUUUGGUGACGGGGCCGUCUUCAUAGAGCGCUUCGUUGAACUGGCGCGUCAUAUUGAGAUCCAAGUCAUCGGAGACGGCAGAGGAGCUGCCGUUACAGCUGGUGAAAGAGACUGCGCGCUCCAACGACGACACCAGAAGGUUGUUGAAGAAAGCCCCGCGAUAAUGGUGCCGGAAGGACAGCGUGUCGCCAUGAGGGCUGCUGCUGUGCGGCUGGCUGCUCACGUCAAGUACCGCAAUGUUGGCACGAUUGAGUUCAUCUACGACGUGAACAAAGACGAGUUCUACUUUCUCGAAGUCAAUACUCGCUUGCAAGUUGAGCAUCCAGUAACCGAGCUGGUGACAGGAUUGGACCUUGUAGAAUGCAUGCUGCAAGUUGCUGCCGGUCAAGGAGUUGACCUCUUCAGCAGCCCAGUCAACCAUCUUCCAACAACGGGGGCGUCUAUUGAAGUACGAUUGUACGCUGAGAGCCCUUUGGAGCAGUUCCGUCCAUGCGCUGGGACGGUGAGCAAACUGAAUUGGCCCGUAUCACUACGCGUUGAUACCUGGAUUGAUGAGGGCACCCGCGUCACGACGCUUUACGACAAGGGCCUGAAUAACACUGUCGUUGAAGGCGUCCAGACAAAUCUUGAAUAUCUGCGGCAAAUCGUGGCAUCGGAAUUAUUCUCUUCGGGAAACUUUCAUACCAAGUCGCUGGACUCGUUUCAGUUCAUAUCUUCCACAUUUGAGGUAAUUGAGCCCCAUGGAGGUGUGUCCGUACAAGACUAUCCGGGCAGGUGUGGCUACUGGAGCGGCCCAGCUGAUAAUCUUUCUUUCCGCCUCGCCAACCGACUUGUGAGCAACGACGAUGAUGCUGCAGGACUUGAGUGUACGCUACACGGACCUCAUCUGAGGUUCCAUCGUGAUGCAGUGGUUGCCGUCACGGGCGGUGAAACUCUCUUGCUCAUCGAUGAAGAGCCUGUCCCUCUGAGCACGACGUUGCGUAUUAAAGCCGGACAAACAUUACACGUGGGUGCCAUCACAGCCGGCUACCAUGUCUACAUUGCCAUUGGCGGUGGUAUCGAAGUUCCGUCCGUUGACGGUAGAAGCUGGAGGAUUCGUGUGCUCCCCGGACCACACGGAGCACCUGACUACUUCACCCAUGAUGGCCUCGUAAAGCUAUUCUACAGUACCUGGAAGGUACACCAAAACAGUAAUCGUCUCGGCAUCCGGCUUUCGGGGCCCAAGCCGGAAUGGGCGCGCGAUUCGGGAGGUGAGGCAGGGCUGCAUCCGUCUAAUAUCCACGACGGCCCCUAUUCUAUUGGAAGUGUGAGCUUCACGGGUGAUGAAGCUGUUAUUCUCGGAUGCGAUGGGCCGAGCCUUGGAGGCUUCGUCGUUUUUAGCGUAAUCAUCUUGGCGGAUCAGUGGAAGAUGGGGCAGCUGCGGUCAGGAGAUUCCGUAUCGUUUGAGCCCAUCUCUUCUCAAACAGCACUAAAGCUGGACAGCGAACUUCAGCGCGCAAUAUCGCAGAUCAGGUUGCCACACGAUCUUGGGAUUGAGGAAACAGUCGUAACCCCCGGCCUCGAUGGCCUGGAGGUUGUUCUCAGAGAAACAGUGCACAAUAGACACGGCUAUGUCUGCCGCCAGGCUGGAGAUAAUGCGCUGCUCAUAGAAAUCGAUGGCACCUCUGACUUUGAUCUUGCGAGAAGCUUUGGGAUCUUUGCAUUCUGCGAGCGCCACCUACGACUACCUCUUGCCUUCGAUGAUGCUGUCUGCCGGGCUGCUGUAGAGCGCUAUGCUUCUACAAUCCGUGGCGAGGCCCCUCAGCUCCCAAGCAACAUUAACUUUUUGCAAGAGCUGAAUGGUAUAGAAGAUAUAUCAGUGCUCUUACACAGCGCGACUUUCCUCGUAGUGGGGCUUGGUGAUGUAUUCCUUGGCUCUCCUUGCGCAGUGCCACUCGAUCCCCGUCACAGACUGUUUGGAACCAAGUAUAAUCCCUCACGCUCUUUCACGCCGCGUGGAGCAGUAGGCAUCGGUGGGCAAUACCUCUGCGUUUAUGCCACUGACUCGCCAGGUGGAUACCAGCUUGUUGGAAGGACAAAGGAUAUAUGGGCAUCACCGGAGACUCUAUCGUCAAAUGUUAAUCCACCUUGGCUAUUCCGCCAAUUCGAUCGCAUAACCUUCUACCCGGUGACAGAAGAAGAGCUAGACAGCCAACCAGCGGAUAAGCCAAUACAAAUUGUCGAGGGCGAACUGGAUCUUAUAUGGUACGAAUCUCUAUUGGCUGACAAUAAGGAGCUCAUCGCUCAACACCGAGCACAGCAAAGAGCAUCGAUGCUCAAUGUGCCUUUCCUCGAAGAUUUGUUAAAGCCGUACAUUCACAAAUCCCGGACAGUGAAAGGAGCUUCCAAGGGAGAACGUGGGAGUGCCUAUGGCUCACAGGUACCAUCAACGAUACCAGGACGUUGCUUUGAAGUGCAUGUACGGCCCGGACAGAAGAUUAUCAAGGGCCAUCCACUGGUAAGCAUCGAGUCGUGCAAGAUGGAGGUUGUUGUCAGGAGCUCCCUUGAUGGAGCGUGCAGUGCCGUGCUGGUUGAAGCCGGUGACAAUGUCGACGCUGGAGAUGUUUUAGUAGUUAUAGAUUUGGUUACCUAA